GCACGCAGUUUCCACUCAUAAAUGUUGACUAUUAAUGUUUUAAAAUAGCCAGUGCUUUAAUAAGUGUAGUUAUCAAGUCAUUCCGAGCCCCAGUUUGUUUUAAAAUGGGGGACAAAGAGCAACAGAUUCAACCCAAACGAGUUUUUGCCAACGACGUCGAUGGAUAUUCCUCCAAACACAUCGCAAAGUCACCAACCAGAGAUGAGCUUCCUCAGCGCCUGCUGGAGUGUGACGUGGAUGUGUACAACAUCUCAGAAAGUGCAACACAACAGCAGGUUGAAGAAGCAACAGGGGACCUCACAGAUGCCAAUACAGACGAUCCAGGCAUUAUGAAGAAGAUCACGGAGAUGGUGGGGGUUCCCAAGAAUUAUGAUUUGAGUCCAGAGGAGCAGGAGGAGGAGGACCGAAAGAAAGAAGAAGAAAGGAAACAGAAACUGACUUUGGAGGCUGCUGAGAGGAAACGCAGGACUGAGGCUUCACUGGCUGAGAUGGCUGUUCAGUAUGAGGAGUGGCAGAAGAAUUUGUCCAAGGUGAAGCAUCAGGAGCACAAGCUGCUGGAAGCUCAGUCUCUUCCUCUGAGAAACUACCUGAUGAAGUAUGUGAUGCCUUCUCUCACCGAGGCCAUGGUAGAGUGCUCUAAGAUCAAACCAGAGGACCCCGCUGACUUUCUGGCUGAACACCUUUUACGGAGCAGUCAACAAGAAUAAUUAUCAGUCUCACAAAGACGGGAUCUAACCCCCAUCAGAUUUGGAGGCAGUUUACUCUACGGUAAACAGUCUAAAAAUAAUAUUAACAAAUGUUGUUGUCUAAAAUAAAUGAUUGUGGCAUUAUUGUUACAGGCUUAUAAUAAAUAUGAAACGAUA